CUCACUCGAUCUCGGCCAGUCUCUUGAGUCCAGAUCGACUCAUUUGCCAGGCUUCGAGCUCGAGAUCACUGUCCACAUCCAGAGACUUCCGUCGACGAGAGAUCUGAUCCCCGAGAACUCAUUUCUCAUUAGGACUGUCCAGUUGGAGAAUUUUCAUGUGCUCUCACUCGAUCUCUCUCUCAAUAUCUCUGUGUCCAUCGGCAGGCAGCGAGUCAGGGGUUGCGUUCUCCAUCUCCUCCACCUCCAUCCACCGUACACCGUGGCUCCAGCAAGGCGGCGGAGCUACGAGGUGCUGUAAAGGCUCCAGUGACACCGCUGCCGUGAUGAGUUGAGUUAGUGAGUCACAGACAUAUUGCUGGUGGAAGGCUGAAGCUGCACAUUUGGAUAAGAUAACUGUAACAUUUGGGUAUUACGAUUACGGCCCCAGGGCCACGAGUUAGUUGUAUUUUCAUGAAUGUCUUUCACGUUCAGGACUCCGGUUACAGCUAAGGACUACGCUCGAUCGAUCGCGUACGAGGUUGCGGGCUUUCUGACACAAGUGGAAAGCUGAGCUAGCUCAGAGGAAGAGACCUGGACGCAGCAACGAUUGGACGAAAAGGUGGUGGUUGGACGAGACUGGACCGUAACUUCUGAGGUCCCAGCAGCAGACAAGUACAAAUUCACACCUUUCUCACAAGAAUCCUUCAAGCUGCCGAGCUGCGAGCUGAGGGCCUGAUACAGGUACACGUCCGAGAACUAGUAGCUCCGCGGGACUGUGAGAGUGCUGGCUAGAGCGCCUUCUCCUCCUGUCUACUACAGCCUGCGAGGCCGACUGCCUACAUCGUGUAAUCUACUUCAAAGCACAUGCUGCUGUCCUUGUUGGGGCUCAUACGAUCAAGAGUCCCGACCGCAUGGUGAUGAGAGCGAGCAGGAAACGGUUGAUUUCGUCACCGUGCAGUUGGCCGAUCGAUCAGAGUUGUUGAACUCCACAAGACUUAGAGAGUAAACCCGUACAGAACGGAAGCUCCCGUAGCUCGAGAGAACUAGCUCACAGCCAUCCAUCGGAAUGCGUUCAGAGACGCAGACCUAUGUCUGAAGACUUUGACUUCUUCCUUACUUUUGUUCAAAAAAUUCAGCAUUGAAAGCAGCUGCAGCACACAGGACUGCCGAGAACCUGACCUCCUCCUCUUAGAAUUCAUCAUCACACUCUCCAAGAUCUCUAAAUACGCGAAUGGGAUCCAAUUGUUCGUUUCCAAGCUCAGGGAAGUUGUGAGGCCUGGCCAUGUGUUAAAAUCCGGGGUCAUUCUAGCUGUCUGUAAGAUUGCGUGCCUGCAGCACAUCGUGAAAAGACCUCGUUCCUUUCCUGGAGACGAAACAUUGCAGUCUGCUGCUAUAACCUGUCGAAAAUCUCCUCGUGCGAAAGCGAAAUGGCAGGAGACCGAAAGAUGAACGGCCACCGCAACGAGCAACCGCGCCAUGUCAUAAUCAGAAUGGCCUCGAACACUAUCACAAAAGACGAGAACGUUCUGGGCGAUGGAUCAAUGGACUACUGUGGGCAGGUUGCCAGGAGGAACACUACUGGCGGCUGGAAAACAGGACCAUUCAUCUUAGGGCCGGAGACAUGUGAGAAGUUGGCAGUUGGAGGAAUCGUCAUCAACCUGGUGCCGUUUCUUACCGGCCAACUUCAUCUGUCGUCGUCCUACUCCGCAAAUUUGGUCACGACGUACCAGGGUACGUCGUACAUAUUCACACUCCUCGGAGGCUUCGUCGCCGAUGCCAUGCUCGGCCGCUUUCUGGUCACUACAGGCGCUUCUGUUAUCCAGUUCCUCGGUCUGCUGAUGCUGACGCUGUCGGCAACUUUUCCGUUUCUCAAGCCCAAAGAGUGCGCAGGGGACAACUGUCAGCCUCAGACGGGGACGCCAUUGAUCGUGACAUACAUAUCACUGUACCUCAUAGCCCUGGGGACGGGAGGAAUCAAGGCCUGCGCAUCGCCGUUCGGAGCGGACCAGUUCGAUCCGCACCACGAGCAAGAGAAAAAGAGCCUGAACGGAUUUUUCAGCUGGUACUUCUUCACCAUAACAUGCGGGGCCUUCUUCGCAGUGACGGUGCUGGUUUACAUCCAGGAUCAUGUCGGCAGAGAAUGGGGUUACCUCAUUCCCACUGUUUGCAUGCUGCUGGUGAUCGUGGCAUUCAUCAUGGCUCGCAGACUGUACAGAUACAAGGCUCCCAAAGGGAGCCCUCUGACCCUUAUCGCCCAAGUUUUCGUCUCCGCUUACAAAAAGCGCAAACUCCCGCUCCCCGCUGACGCAGAUUCACUCUACGAGCUGAGCUCCAAGGAUCGUCCCCAAGACUAUGUGCCCGUUCAGCACAGCAACCAAUUCAAGUUUCUGGACAAGGCAGCGAUUAUCGAAGAUCUGAAUGACCCUGAGACUAGGAGUCCCUGGAGGCUGGGCACAGUGACUAGUGUCGAGGAGACGAAGAUGGUGUUGAGGUUGUUGCCCAUCCUUCUGACGACUUCUCUCUUCUACACAGUAUACGCUCAGAUGACGACCUUCUCGGUGGCGCAAGGACGCAGCAUGGAGAGGAAGAUGGGAGGGCAUUUCGAGUUCCCGGCCCCUUCCAUGGGCGCUUUUCUCCAGGGCGGCAUCCUUCUGAGUCUAUUCCUUUGGGAGAAAGCGUUCAUACCCAUCGCCAGAAGAUUCACCGGCAACAAAAAGGGCGUCAGUUCCCUCCACAGAAUUUCCUAUGGCCUCCUGUUGUCCAUCGUCACGAUGGUCAUCGCUGGAUUCGUCGAGAAGAAGAGGAUGCAACAUGUGCACGAACAGCAUUUGGGCCUGGACCCGGCCGAAGAAAAGGUUGUGCGUAUGAGCAUAUUCUGGCUGUUGCCUCAGUACAUGCUCGUCGGUGCCGGGGAAGGGCUCACUUACGCUGGUCAGCUGGAUUUCUUCUACAACGAGUCGCCUAAAGCCAUGAGAUCCAUGGGAGCUGCGCUGUGCGUGUGCACCCUGUCGAUCGGUUACUACACGAGCAGCUUGCUAGUCUCGCUUGUGAACUCCGUCACCGGACACUCGAAUGCCGAUGGAAGCAUCUCCGGUGCAUGGCUGCCCGACGAUAUCGACACAGGAAAGCUGUACAACUUCUACUGGAUGCUGGCGAUUGUCAGCUCCGUCAAUUUUGUGCUCUUCGUGGCUUGUGCGCACUGGUAUAAGUACAAAGCAGAGGCAGCCUUGGAUUCCGAUGAGGAACUAGAAAUUCACCUGUCCGACGACGACGACUCGGACGCACGGUCUCAGAGCACAGUUGCAUCGUUUUCGAAGCUGCCCCCAUCGCCUCCAUCGCCCCCUUGCUUGAAUGCAUCUCGAUAUUCCGACAUCAAGCGUAUGCUCUCGCUGACAGCCAUGUCAUUUGAAAACAGUGGCAGAAUCAGUGGGGAACACGAAGAUUCUCACCAGUUCAGAGGAGCGUCUCCCAUAUCUCGAGAUGAAAGCGUUGCCAUCGAACACAGCCAGCCUCGACACAAGAGAACGCGCACGAGGACCCAAUCCCCUUAUCAAUCACCGGAGUAUGAGAUUCCAUUCGCAAUCAGCGGCUCCCCCAUCAUCUGAUCCCAACAGGUCCAAAUAAUGACUCUCCAACCAGAGUGGAUGAAUUUUAGGCUACAUAGCCAACCAAAGUAAGCACCCAGUCUGAAGUGGUUCAGACAUGAUCCAGCGCUUAGUGAUUGCGAAACUCCAUCAACCAAACUCGUAGUCAGUUGUUUUCACCAAGCUUUGUCGAAUUCACAAGAUCAUCUCCACAGACUGCUUUGUACUCAUGACUCAUCGAAUAUGAAGCGGUUUCGGUGUCACGUUGCCACCUACUGCGACGGUACGAAGUGACCGGUGCAGCAUUUAUGGCACGAGAUUGAGAAGAGAUCUGUACAAUCGACGAGGAUCUUCAGUUUGCGAAGCCCGAUAGAUGCAGAGGGGCUGGCAUUAUUGUAUAUUCAUUAUCUGUCCUCUCGACCUGGGUUUAGGAGGUUCUUCCAGGAAUCACGAACUGAGUCUGCUAAAUUUUAUCCCCUUGUCUGAUGCGCUGCUCAGGCGAUCUUGGACAGCGAAAUAUGUUCUUCCUCAUUAGAAUUUGGAUCGAUAUAGCUUGCCUACUUUUGGACUGGCCAAGACAAAUUGAAAAAGGUGAGCAGGUAGAUUGCCAUGUGUUAUUAGCCACUGGCUCGAGUAGACCGAGGGACCUAUAGUAGCAGCAGCUGAGUACAGCUGAGUACUGCGGAAAAAACUCCAUCGAAUUGCACCUCCUUCGUACCUACCGAUUUGAUAGAUCCAGGUCAUAAUGUUCAGUUCUCGAUUAGGAGCUAUGGUAGAUUGAUUUUUCACGUGUGCUGUUUGCAAAUUUUGCAAUUGUCACCGUUCAUUUCGGAACUUAAACAAAACUAUUGCUCG